UGUGGUAACUAGUGACAACCCGUCCGAAAUGUUGUGUUGUCAAUCGGUUAAUACUAUCCGGGAUUCUUGGGACAUCCAUACCCUCAACCUAAACCUAAUCUUAAACCCUACCCUAACCCUAACAUUACCUAACCAUUUUAAAUGUCAUCUUCAAUGGGGGUAGGGACGUCCCAAGGAUCCCGGAUAACACAGACCUUUGUCAAUCUGGCUGCUGCCUGUCAUAAUUUACAGUAGCUUUCACACUGUGGCUAUCACUGCCAGGUUGAGAAUAACACAUUUCAAUCCCGAAAUGGUGCUGCUGACAAUGAUCGCUCGGUUGGCGGAUGGACUGCCGCUGGCCGCAUCAAUGCAAGAGGACGAACAGGGAAGUGAGAAGUUGGGUCGAGACCUGCAACAGUACCAGAGCCAAGCUAAACAGCUGUUUAGGAAACUCAAUGACCAGAGUCCCACACGUUGCACAUUAGAGGCUGGCUCCAUGUCCUUCCACUACGUCAUAGAAAAAGGAGUAGUCUACCUAGUGCUGUCUGAAGCAAGCUUUCCCAAAAAACUUGCCUUUGCUUACCUGGAAGACCUGCAGGCAGAGUUCCAUGAACAGCACGGGAAGAAAGUCCCCACUGUGUCUCGACCGUACUCCUUCAUUGAGUUUGACACCUACAUUCAGAAGACCAAGAAGUCGUACAUAGACAGCCGAGCCCGUAGGAACCUGGGCAGCAUCAACACAGAGCUGCAGGAUGUCCAGAGGAUCAUGGUGGCCAACAUUGAGGAAGUGUUGCAACGAGGGGAGGCCUUGUCUGCUCUGGACUCCAAGGCCAGUAAUCUGUCCAGCCUGUCAAAGAAGUACAGAAGUGAUGCCAAGUACCUGAACACUCGCUCCACCUACGCUAAGCUGGCCGCCGGAGGGGUCUUCCUUAUGCUCAUUGUCUACGUCCGCUUCUGGUGGCUCUGAGAGAGGAGAGGAGAGGAGACAGGAGGGGUUGGAGAAGAAGAGCUGAUAGAAGUUUAGCUGUGGUCUCACAUUCCAUCCAAUAUGGGAUCCCUCCUUUUAACACAAGACUGUUGAAGUAGACACACACCGACACCGCAUGUUAUUUUUCCAACUGUCUGUCCAUAGAUCUAUCAUGUAAUUACAAAUGUUAUGUUUUAUUAACAAUUACACAGUCAUCCUGUAGUGGUUAUGCCUUGGAGUUGAAAGAGUGUGAGUGCUUGUAUUGCGUGUGACAGAGGAAAUUGUAUUUUCCUGUGUGCGAGUGUGUGUUACCAAAACCUGUAUGAUAACAACUCUUCUCUUAUCGAUUUAAUCGUGUAUACUGUAUAGCAGUACAGAAAAAAUCUACAUAAUUCUAUUUACCCAGAGGACAUCAUAAGGGCUUUGGCAUUUAAUAACACUACUAUUAUUAUGUUGGUAUAGUGGUUUGGUGGAGAUUUCUUAAAUGUUAACCUGCUAUACUGUGGUGAUCAAUCACAUUACCUGUGGUAUUGGCUGCAGAAAUAAUAUUUCUCAUUCACCUUCAUCUCCACACUGAGUGAGUGGACCAGUUUUACACCAGACAUAUUCAUUGGAUGACGUCUAAAGGGUUCAUUUCUUUUAUUUUGUAAAAGGUUUACACAAGUGAAGGCUAGAUGUGAAAAAUAUUUUUAUCUAGAUGAGAAUGAUAGCUGGCUUAUGCUAAUUGUGUCAGGGUUAAUGAAUUUCAACUUAACUGUUUCAUCUACUAUGAAUAAAGUGAUUUGCACAAAAGUA